CAUUUGAUUGACGUUGUAACUUGUUUGAUUCAAUUCGUAUUUUGAGCAUAUUUCCACAUUUCUACGUAAAAAUAUGUUAUUGAGUGGUUUAUGUAUAACAACAGAGAAACAUUAGGAUUUUCUCUUGGAUAUAACACUGUACAAAAUGGAGCCUCCAUCAAUGGACACGGUAUACCAGGCCAUCAGCGCCUUGUAUGAUAACGAAAAUACUAAUGAAAAAGAAAAGGCUUCGCUCUGGCUGGAAGAAGUGCAAAAAUCUAUUCACUCAUGGAAAGUAGCCGAUGAGCUUUUACAACAGAAAAAGAAUGUGCAGUCGUGUUAUUUCGCUGCACAGACCAUGAGAUCUAAAGUGCAGCAUAAUCUAUCUGAACUACCUGAAGAUGCCAUAAUAUCUCUUAGAGAUUCACUCGUGUCUCAUUUGGAAACUGUUUCACCUGAUGUCAGUUCUGCUAUUUUAACACAACUCUCCUUAGCUUUAGCGGAUUUAGCUCUACAAAUGCCAAACUGGAAAAACUGUGUUAGUGACCUCAUAAAAGAAUUUUCAAAUAAAAACAACUUUGCUCUGCUAGAAAUAUUGACAGUAUUACCACAAGAAAUAGAUUCGUCUAACUUAAAACUAGGGGAAAAUCGUCGCGAGGAAAUUAAAUCUGAGCUGCGAGGGAAUUCGCAAAUUGUAGUCAUGUUUCUUAAAGAAUGUAUAUCUAGCUCACAGAACUCAAAUGUAGCAUUAAAAAUAAUUAGGUGUAUGACCUCAUGGUUGCAAGUGAAAGCUAUAAACAUACAAGAGUUGCCGCAAAAUCCCGUUAUAGGUCUAUGUUUACAAGUGUUAAGAGACUAUACAAGUAUUUACCUGUUACAUGAUGCUGCAACAGAUUGUAUAUGUGCGAUAUUACAUUGUUUAGAAGAGAAUAACAAUAAUGACGAUGUGGAAAGGUUAAUAUUUGAUAGUGUAUCGGCUCUGGAAGAGAGCUAUCAUCUUGCUGUAGCUCAUGAAGAGGAAGAAAAGGCAGCUAACUUUGCUAGACUGUUCACUGAGCUCGGCGAAACAUUUUUAGAGAAAAUCAUUGUCAGCACUUCUAAUGGGAUGGUGCAUUUUGCAAUGAGGUCCCUAGAAUUAGCUCUUGUGUGUGUUGGCCAUCAUGACUAUGAUGUAGCAGAAAUCACAUUUAACUUAUGGUACCGUCUAUCAGAAGAAGUAUAUCAGAGGGAUUACCAGCCACUAACUGAUGCUUUCAAACCACAUAUAGAGAGGCUGAUCGAGGCCCUUGCUAGGCACUGCCAGUGCGAACCUGAUGAUACAAACUUGCCGGAAGAAGGUGAUGAAUUCUAUGAAUUCCGAGUCAAAGUGAUGGAGCUGAUAAAGGACGUGGUGUUCAUCGUGGGCUCCGGCGCGGUGUUCCGCCAAAUGUUCGCGAUGCUGCAGGCUGACCUGCCCUGGGAGCAGACGGAGGCUGCCCUGUUUAUUAUGCAGGCGGUCGCUAAGAAUAUUUUGCCAGAGGAAUACGAAUAUGUGCCGAAAGUGGUGGAGGCGAUCCUGUCGAUGCCGGAGAGCAGCCACCUGGCGGUGCGGCACACGUGCCUGCAGCUGCUGGGCGAGCUGUGCGAGUGGGUGGAGCGCCACCCGCAGUGCCUGGAGCCCUGCCUGCGGUUUCUCGUACGCGCGCUGCUGCACCCCAAGCUGGCCUACGCCGCCGCCACCGCGCUGCAGAACAUCUGCAAAGCGUGCCGCCGCGAAGCGUCCUGCCACGUGGCGGUGGUGGUGGAGGCGGCGCGCGCGGCCGACCAGCUCGCGCUGCCCAUACACACGGCCUCGGCUCUCAUGCGGGCUCUGNACAUACUAAUACAAUAAAUUAAUGUCGCGCAGCUGUGCCGCGCGAUGCGAGAGGCGGUGGGGGCGCAGGUGGCGGGGCUGGCGGCGCUGGUGGAGGCGCCGGGGGGUGUGGGGGGCGCGGGGGCGGCGCGGCGCGGCUCGGCGGCGGACCCGGCCGUGUGGCUGGACCGCAUCGCGGCGCUGUUCCGCGACGUGGACGUGCAGCCGCCGCCCGCCUCCGCCGUCGACCACCCGUGCCUGCCCGCCUUCCAGGACCUGUGGCCUGUCGUGCACCAGGUUAUGCUCAAGUACUGCCGCGACGGGCGCGUGAUGGAGCGCGCGUGCCGCUGCGUGCGCUUCUGCGUGCGCGGGUCGGGGCGCGCGGGCGCGGCGCUGCUGCCCGCGCUGGCGCCCGCGCUGGCCGGCCUGUACGCGGCGGCGCCGCACAGCUGCCUGCUGUACCUGUCCGCCGUGCUGGCCGACGCGCUGGGCGGCCCGCGCACGGCGCCGCCGCUGGCGCAGCUGCUGCACGCGCUGCUGCCGCCCGCGCUCGCGCUGCUGCGCCAGCCCGACGGCCUCAAGAACAACCCGGACACCGUCGACGACCUCUACCGCCUGUGCAUACGCUACCUCCAGCGCAUCCCCAAUGAGUUCGUGGAGUCGGGCUGCGCCAGCGCAGUGUUCGAGUGCGGCAUCAUGGCGGUCAAGCUCGACCACCGCGACGCGAACUGCUCGCUCAUGAAGUUCCUCUACGACGUGCUGAAACUCGCUAACGAUGAUACGCAAACUCCACUCGGCAACCAACUAAACGCAAUUAUAUCUCAAUACGGCGAAGAACUAACGUACGCGUUACUGGAAGCCUCCGUUCUCUAUCUCCACUCAUACAUGUUAAGCGAAGUGGCGGAAGUGCUGCUGGAGCUGAUCACGUGGCAGAAGCGCGCCGGCGUCGAGUGGGUCGCGCCCGCGCUGGCCCGCCUGCCGCGCGCCCGCGCCUGCGCCACCGACCAGCAGUGCUGGCAGUUCCACCACUACGCGCUCAAAGCUGAAAAGUGCAAAGAAGCAACUCGACUACUGCGUGACUUCGCUCGACUGUACCGAUAAAUAUUCAUUAAUAAAUCUAUCACCUCUCGAGAUCCUUGCAUCAGGACUCACGACUGAUCCCAAUCUGAUCAAAUUUGACCCCAAAAUAUAUAAGGAUUAUUCGUCUCUUAAAUUCAAAAUUUUGUUUUGUCUCUGAAUGGAAUUAGAUGUCAUAUUUAAAUAGAGAAUAGUUGUUAUAUACAAGUGAUAUUUAUAAAGGUUUUACGGUUCAAUAGUUUUUAAAGACUCAUUAAAUAAUUAUCAAUUUUUAAUUUAAGUGACGAACUAUGAUCUAUUGAUUGGUGUAUAUCAAAUUAGUAAGCAAUUAUAUUAUAAAAAUAUAGAAAUUUAAUUGUUAAAAGAAUUAUAUCAUGAUGUCGAGUUUUUUUUUACAAUUUUUUCCGUCAAAAUACGUUUUGACUUUGAUAACUUUCGUAUGAAAGAGACAGGUAUAGGUAAGUAAACACCCUUAAUUGAUAGAAUAUAUUUUGUUAUAUACAUACUCUGUUCGAUUGUGAUAAACCCCUCACUGUAAUUGUAAAUAUUUAUUAAAUUUACUUUUAUCACAAUA